GAUAUACAUGGCUUGUGUCGUUCUCGCCGCCGCGGGCGCCCUGUUGCGCGGGCCAGGGCCCGAGCUCCGUCCGGCUCUUCGGCUUCGCGGUGGGACUGCUGACGGAGCCAUUGGCGGGCUCAGUGGCGGCAGCGGCUGCGCGGCGGUGGCGCUCGCAGCUGGCGGUGAUAGCGGUGAGCCAGAUCGCAGGUCGCUUCAGGAGGAGCUCACGGCUCGCUACACUGGACUCUCCGCCGGCCUCGAUCCGAGCAUCGCGGCCGCCGCCGCUGACUUGGCGGCGCGAGUGGUUGACGGGCUGACAGCGACUGCGACGGAUGCGGAGGUUGACCAGCUCGCUGCCGAGACGGCGGCGUACCUGACGUCGCACCACCCGGACUACUCGAAGCUUGCGGCGCGCGUGACCGUCAAGCGGAUACACAACCACACUAGCGACUCCUUUGCCGACACCAUGGAGGCUCUGGCCAACUAUCGCCACCCGCGCAAGGGCACUCCCGCGCCGCUCGUGAAGCAAGAGUUUGCAGAGCUGGCGAGGAAGCUGGCGCCGCGGCUCGAGGGCGCGAUGCGGUACGAGCGCGACUUUGGGUACGACUACUUUGGCCUCCGCACGCUCGUCCGCUCCUACCUCCUCGGCCUCACCCCGGCGGGGACGCCGCAGGAGCGGCCGCAGCACAUGCUGAUGCGCGUCGCCUUGGCGGUGCACGGCGAGGACGUGGAGGGUGUGCUUGCGGCCUACGACUAUAUGUCGCGCGGUCUCUACACGCACGCGACGCCCACCCUGUUCAACGCGGGCUGCCCUCGGGGGCAGCUCUGCUCCUGCUUCCUCCUCACCACGCGCGACGACUCGGUCGAGGGCAUCUUCCAGACCCUCUCGGAUUGCGCCCUCAUCUCGCGCUCCGCGGGCGGCAUUGGCCUCUCCAUCUCCCACGUGCGCGCCUCCGGCUCCUACAUCCGCUCGACGGGCGGA